GUAUACCAGAUUUUUGCUGAGAAGGUCAGAGACAACAAACAACUAAAAUCUAAAUGGGCAAUAAUGCAAGAAACAAGGGUAGAGUAUUUUAGAGGAAAGGAUUUCCCGGUUUUCUUGAGAGAUCAUCUGGAGGUUAAAGAACUAUUAGGACAAGAAAAAGAUUUAGAUGCAGAGGAAAUCAUCAAUGCUUUACUUGGAAAGAACCUUAUAGUAAGAUGUGAUCGUUUAGUUAAAACUUUAAGGCCCGGAAAGAAGAAGUUGUCCUCAUGGCCUGUGCAUCUGCUAAUACAUAAUGAGCAAGUUUUCUCCAAAGAGGAUGGUUUUUUUGCCUGGACGUUCAUAAGAAGAAGAGCUCUAUGGCAGACAAUUCUUUCAUUUCUUUGGCCACUGGUGGCUCUAGCAAUGUGCUUGUUCCCCGUGUACCCAUACCAAGUCAAGAUUGUUGUUCUGUACUCGUGUGCUGGAGCUCUGCUUUUUAUUGUAGUACUGCUUUUAAUACGAGCUGCAAUAUUUGGGACACUUUACAUAAUUACCGGGAAUCGUAUCUGGUUCUUUCCGAAUAUCAAUGCGGAGGAAACAACGUUCAGAGAGCUGGUCCGAUUCUGGCCCAAAAAAGAGGAAGGCGAACCAAUUAAGUGGACAUCAAGGCUCUUCUAUGCCAUCAUCUCUGUGCUGAUCAUACUUCUUCUCAGGCACCAUGCUCCGGAUGAAGCUGCCAGAGCUAGGUAUCAAUCAAAAGUUUCAAAUAUAAUUGAUGAGAUGCUGGAGUGGUCUCCCAAAUUAGCACUGUCGGGAAUGUUGGAGAAGCAGCCGCAGCCUGAGUUCAAUGCAUCUGAGAGUGCCUCGGCUGAGGAAGCAGCAAAUCACCACCAGAACACAAAGACAGUUAACUCUGAUGGAGUUGAGAACCAAGAUGUUGAUGUUGAUGAUGAUGGUAAUGUCACAUAAAUUUGAUGAUAUUACUGAUAAUUUUAAAUGGAUGAACAGUAUUUACAUGAAUUAUUUUAAAGCUCUUUAGUUCUAUUCUCUAUUGCUUCAUCUCUUUUAUAAGUUGCAUGUUUUCGUUACAUGUAUCGUGA